AUGCUAGUGUCUUUCUCCAGAAGUUGUAAAUCAUAUACCUACCAACAGAAAAAAUGCAGAUAUGUGGAGAAGUAGAUCCGUUAAUACAUUCUUGAAUAUUUGCAUAGUAACUGGGUUCAUCCUACUAGUUUACUAUGCAUUUUUGACUCAAGACAGUAUAAAUCAUCGAAAACACCUGAGAAGGAUUGUUAGGAAAGAUACUCAGAACAUUGGGGUAUUGACUUCUUUCCCAAGAAAAACUAAAGAGUACAAUAUUUGGCUAGUUUUUACAAAAGUAACCAAUGUGUCUACCCUCAGCUACAAAUUUAGAGAUCUGAUACACAACCUUCUCAAUGUGAGCUCUGUUCCUCUCAAAUUCAACAUCAUUGUGGACAAGGUAUCACAAGGUAUUGCUGAGAAUCAGAUUGCUGAUGUCCUUUAUGGAAAUAAGACUAUUGUAUAUUCUUUCUAUGACAUUGAAGAGAGUGCAAAGAAGAUUCAGGAUAUUGUUGAGGUGAUGACCCCACAUUUCAGUUCAAAACCAGGUACUUAUUAUAGUGAUGCUCUCUUCUACAUAUCUCUGGGACUGUACAGAAUUGCACCACAGAAUCAGGAUUUUGCUAUUUUAUUGGAUUGUGAUUUGUAUUUUAAGAAAGAUAUUGCCCUAUUAUUCAAUCAGUUCAGCAAUUUCAAACCUUCUGCUUUGUUUGGCUUGGCCCCAGAACUGACCCCUGUGUAUCGCCAUAUUUUGCAUAUGUACAAAGCCAAGCACAACACUACCUUUGGGGAUUUCUAUCAUGACAGUAACAUAUUGUCCAAGAGUAUCCAUCCAAGGGGAUUUCAAGGUUACAACUCGGGGGUUGUACUGAUCAACUUGAGGGCUCAAAGGAAUUCCACUGAAUUUCUAGAGAUCAUUUCAAAUUCAACUGUUCAAAGAAUGACUGCAAAAUACAGGUUUAGGGGACAUCUAGGUGACCAAGACUUCUACACUCUGGUGGGGAACGAAUAUCCCCACCUCAUCCAAACGAUCAACUGCAAGUUCAACAGACAACUUUGCACCUGGUGGCGGGACCACGGAUACAGCAAUAUAUUCGAGAAUUAUUUCAAGUGCAAUGGAGAUAUCGUCGUACUACACGGGAAUUGCAAUACCAGAAUACCCAAAUGA